AUGGGAUGUAGGUCAAUCUCCUACAAUAGACUCUUUCCAUCUUUUCUAAGGGUUGCGAAGUUACAUUGGUUACCACUCUCUCAAAGGUCAAAAGUAUUUUAUUUUUAUGAUUCGGGACCCAGUGUACUACAAUAUUGUUGCAAUAGUGGUUCUCUUGCGAACUUUCAAGCAUUGAGAUCAUAUGCUCGUGACACACGUAGAGGCUAUGAUCUCUUUGGCAGUGGCAGACCAGGGGAUGAAGUGUUCAAGAAAGCGUGGGAAAAGGAGAUGGAUGAAGAUAACACUCUGUGGACCGGAAGUGAGGAUGAAAGUGAUGAAGAAAUGGGUUCUAAGAGUAAUCUUGAUAAGGAGAUAAAGAAAGCAAGGCUGGAAGCUAAAAAACAUUCAGACUUGAUUGAUGCUGAUGACAGUGAUGAGUUACGAAGUGUCUGGUCUGGCAGUGAUGAAGAGAAGACACUGUGGACUGGUGAUGAAAUGGAUAGUGAUGAUGAUGUUCCAACUGAAGCUUACCCGAAUGAAAGUAGUGACAAGUACAUAGAUAAAUUGUUUGAGUUUGAUGAAGUUCCCAAAUACAGAACCAUUUCAGAGAUGUUGAAAGAUGAACAAGAACCCGAGGAGUUGUCACCAGGAAAGCAAGCUAGGAAGAUUGCUGUUGAGAAUGCUCUAAAGAAAUUAAAGAAAGGUCCAGAUGGGAGGUAUACUAAUGUGUGGGAGGUUAUGAGUGAUUUGGAUAUUCUAAUUGGAGCUUUUGAAAAUGUUGUUUCAGGACCAGAAUAUGAAGAACUUAGACAAGGAGGGCCUAAACAGCUAAAUAUUCAGUUUUUCAAGGACAUACAAGCACGUAUGAGAGAUCCAAAUUACAAGUUCUCGCCUGAGUUAAAAUUGAGACCAAAGAGUAAACUGGUUUCUAGAAAGAAAUGGCAAAAGGCAGAGUCCAGAAGGAGGAAAGCACGAAAGAGAUAA